AUGGAACUAGUCGCCGGCUAUUUUUUCCCUCUUUAUCGCAUGCUCAUGCCCACUCUGGACUCGACUCGCUGCUCCAGGCUGUAUGAGAAGAUGCGGCUUGCUGAACCAAUAUUAACCCUGUUUUCCUCUCUUGCUGUCGCUCCCUCGCAAGACAUCCCUCUUCUCCCCAUUUUCGCCAUAGUCGAACCUUCUGCCACGGUAACUGGGAGCCCAACCUCACAAAUAUGGGCCAGCACAACGAUGAGCCUGCCCUUGGAUCCAGUGCAAACGGUAUAUGCGGCCAGUUCUACCGAGCGGGAAAUUCUCUUUCGCUUCUUGAAGGAUGGCAGCGAAACAGUGCUCGAGAUGUCGUUCCCUCGUGAUAUCCUACGCAACAAGUGUAUCGACAUAUCAAGGGCAGAUCCCACUGGUGUAUUUCCUACACCUCCAGGCUGGCUUGGGACCAUCACUCCCGGAAAGGUUUGGCCAGUGGCGCCAUCAACACUGACACUUCCUACGGCGGAGCCUACGAAUUUCGCUUUGAGGACGGAAAACAAUCAGGUUCUGAUAGUAUAUUACGUGGGCAAUCAUGAGUAUGAGUUGGAAGUUCCUGUUACUCUGAACAUUAUGAAGCAAUUCUGCGAACGUUAUGGAGAUAUGCCAGGAAAGCCGUGGCAAUCACAGCCGACGACAAUGCGACCAGUGGGAACGACAGGAGUUUGGGCAUCCUCUUCAAUUUCAAACCCCUUCCGCAGUCGCACGCCUUCAAGAAUUCUGUUUACGGGAACGAUCACGCAGAGCUUGAGAGUACCGUCAAACUCGCCAUCAACAUCUCCGCGGUCCACCGGGUCAGCGCCUCGUGCUACCCCGACGUUGUCACGAUCCUCCCAGUCUACAGCACUCACAGCAAUGGGGACUCCAUUCAGACGCACCUCUACACCACAACCCUGGGAGCCUUCUAAAUCUCACCCCUCUUCUGCAAGCGGCUCGGUCCAUGCUGUCACGCCUUUGCCGCACCUCUUCCACCCCAACCGGGACGACGAGGCGGAGAAUGGUCGCAGAGUCACGCGCUUGGGCAGUGUUGGCGGUAUUCCUGUUCGAACACGCAGACACGUCACCACCACAACUCUCAUGGUUCCCAUCUAUGAACCGGACGAGCUAUCAGAACCAAAUCCUAUGAUGCAACGAGGCGAACAAACCGCUCUGGGCCCAUUCACAUGCCAAAGUGAGGUAUCGACGCAAGACCCGUCCAACGCUGCCGCCCCGCGUCCCGGAACCCUUCUCUCGACUGUAGGCGGAGCGGACUGGGCCGGCUGGUGGCCUUGGAAACAGAUGCGCUCGUCAAUACAGGGCUGUGCAGCUGAGCAGUCUGUCAUGCCUUCUUCAUCAUUGUCUACUCCAACGCCGCCCCCAACUGCGCCUUCACCCCCCAUCAAGCCCAGAACUCACGAUCCGACAACGUAUAACACAACCUCGAGCAGUGCGUUCAACGUCAGUGAGCUCCUCCCGUUCUUCAAUGUGGUCACCUCGUAUGGUAGCAAGCCGACAUCGUUGACAAGUCUUCGCAGAAGUCACACAACUACAACUCCCACCGGCAUGCUGAGCGUUCCCAUUACGACAAGGAUGAGGACUUCAACAUCGACGGCGACACCAUCGGCAACGGCCACAAUUACUGACGGUAACGAGGAGAAUCCCUCGUCCACAGAACUGCUGGUUCCCCAUCCUCCUUUCCCGCCCGCAUCAUAUCCUUCGUCACCCGCUGUACCGCUGCCAACGGCGUUUCCACCAUUCCCAACUGCCAAAAAUGCCGCCCAGCCACCAGAAACCAUCCUGCCCGGCGAUGCUGAAGAAUACCACAGCGUCAUGACCUUCACCUACGCGGGCUGGGGUUUGAUUGGUUGGAUGCUGCUCAGCGGAAUCUGGCGGAUCCACGGGGUCAGGAGACCGCCUGGGGUGUGGUGGGUAGGCCAGAGAUUGUGGCAGCGGUUUGAGGCGCGUGUCGUGUGGGCGUGGUGGGGGUGA